AUGGCCGAGUGGCGCUUAAGGGCCCCUGGAGCCCCUCAACUCGAGUCCCGUCAAGGCCGUUCUUGGAAGGCAUCGAGGGCUAUCUGGUACAAGAGAGUGUUCGGUACUGGACGCCAGAAACCUCCGCCAGAACUCGGUUGCGCUCUCAUCAACACCCCUCAUCACUCCAUGACCUUCCCCAUCAGUGAGGCAAAGGCAGCUGGCAUCGUCAGCCUCACUGACAACGCAACCCUUGCGCAACGGAACAGUGAGGCACAGCCAAGAAUCGUGACGCAUCAUCACCCCUUCGCCAAGCACCCGUUCGCCGCUCUAUUGUGCUUCGGAUCCUCAAUCCCCCUUGUUGCGCGCGACGACGCCUCCCGCACCCAGUCCGAGUGCCGUUCCCCCGGAUACCCCAUUGUCAGUGCUCACUCGCUGUUUCUCACAAGGUCUGAUCUCCGUUCUGUCGGCUCGCACGGCGCCCGCUCUUUGACGCUCGACCUUUGCCCCGCGAAUCCUCAACCUCCGCUUCAGGUUUGCCCCGCAAGCUGGUAG